UUAACAUCAAUGGCCAUGUGCAGGACAUUGAAUGAAAUUGUUUAAUUUGUAGCUUCUGUAUGGUUGACAAGCUAGCAUUUUCGAUUUUCAGCUAAUGAAUCUAGAAAAAAGUCUAAUUUAAGUUUUGUUAAGUUGUAUACAGUUGAUAAACAAUAAUAUAGAGUUAAUCGAUGGAUUCUGAAUGCCGGGUGUCGGUUCGAUUAGGUCCGUGAAAUGUGUUAAGUGUGCAAUUAGCAAACUUUUCGUAAACAUUUAUGAAGGUCGAAGGGUGACGUAGACGAAGAGAGUUUUUUUUUUAAAGUCCUGUCGUCGUAGGUAAUAUUCUGCUAGCAAUUCAGAUAUAAAACCAUGACGUGCGUUAUGGCUAGUACCGCUAAUAUGAUAGUUGUAUCAAAUCGCUUGCCUUUUAUAUUAGUUAGGAAUCCGGAAACAGGAAAGCUGCAAAGAAAAGCAAGCGCCGGAGGGCUGGUGACUGCGGUCGCCCCGGUUGUGAUCCAGAGUAAGGGACUCUGGGUCGGCUGGCCCGGGAUACAUCUGGAGGACGAGAGCGUAGCGAUCCCGGAGUCCGAACCGGGGGACACCACGCCCACAGCGGGACUCAAGUCUGAGAAGGUAGUGAUAGUGCACGUUGAUGAGGAGUUAUUUGACUCGUAUUACAACGGAUGCUGUAACGGCAUGUUCUGGCCCCUGUUCCACUCUAUGCCGGACAGGGCAGUCUUUCAAGGCGAAAAAUGGAAGGCUUACGAAAAGGUAAACUCGCUUUUCGCCGACCAAACGGUGGAAGCUCUCCGGAGGCUCCAGCUGGACUGUUCGUCCAUCGACAAAUCGAACACGCCGCUCAUCUGGGUCCACGACUACCACCUGACGCUGGCAGCGAACGGCAUACGGCAGUCCACGAAAGAUUGUAACUUGGAGUGCAAGAUCGGAUUCUUCUUACACAUCCCCUUCCCGCCUUGGGACAUCUUUCGUCUCUGCCCGUGGGGUGAUGUGAUCCUGCAAGGGUUGCUUGGCUGCGACAUGGUGGGGUUCCACAUCGAGGACUACUGCAUGAACUUCGUGGAGUGCUGCCAGCGGCGGCUGGGCUGCCGGGUGGACCGCAAGAACUACCUGGUGGAGCACGGCGGGCGGACGGUGCGGGCGCGGGCGCUGCCCAUCGGCAUCCCGUUCGAGCGCUUCGUGCACCUGGCCCGGACCACGCCCAAGGUGGUGUUCACUAACCAGAACAUCAUACUGGGGGUCGAUCGUCUCGACUACACCAAGGGAUUGGUCCACCGACUGGGAGCGUUUGAGCUGCUGUUGGAGAGAUAUCCCGAACAUCUGGAAAAGGUGACGUUCCUGCAGAUCGCGGUGCCGUCCCGCACCGACGUCAAGGAGUACCAGGAGCUGAAGGAGGAGAUGGACCAGAUCGUGGGGCGGAUCAACGGCCGCUUCUCCACCGCCAACUGGUCUCCGAUCCGCUACAUCUACGCCUGCGUGGGCCAGGACGAGCUGGCGGCCUUCUACCGCGACGCGUCGGUGGCUCUGGUCACGCCCCUCAGGGACGGCAUGAACCUGGUGGCCAAGGAGUUCGUGGCGUGCCAGAUCAACGAGCCCCCGGGCGUCCUGGUGGUGUCGCCGUUCGCCGGCGCGUACGAGACCAUGCUGGAGGCCCUCGUCUGCAACCCGUACGAGCUGGAGGAAGCGUCCGAGGUCAUCCACAGGGCGCUGACCAUGCCAGAAGACGAGCGAACGCUGCGUAUGAACGGCUUGCGUCGUCGUGAGAAGCUGAACGACGUGAACCAGUGGGUGCGGAUGUUUUUGAAAGCCAUGGGCUGCGUGGUUGAAGGUAUGAGCGACGAUUCGUUGCCAAUCACCAUGCACCCCGUCACCCCGGACGAUUUCGACUACCUCGAGAAGUACGUGGGGCUGAACAACAAGCUGGCCCUGCUGCUGGACUACGACGGCACGCUGGCCCCCCUCGCCCCCCGCCCCGAGCUGGCCAUCCUGCCGCCCGAGACCAAGAACGUCCUGCAGCGGCUGUCCAACAUGUCGGACGUUUACAUCGCUGUUGUGUCUGGCCGCAGCGUCGACGACGUCAAGUCCAUGGUUGGUAUUGAUAGCAUCACAUACGCAGGAAACCACGGGCUGGAAAUCCUUCAUCCGGACGGCAGCACCUUCGUACACCCCAUGCCCGUGGAGUACGAGAAGAAGGUGAAAGCCGUGAUGAAGGAACUUCAGGAGAAGGUGUGCAGGGAGGGGGCGUGGGUGGAGAACAAGGGGGCGAUCCUGACCUUCCACUACCACGAGACCCCGCCCAAGCUGCGCCAGACCGUCGUGGCGGAGGCCGAGGGCAUCAUCAGGGCGGCGGGCUUCCUGGUGGGGAAGGCCCGCUACGCCCUGGAGGUGAAGCCGCCCAUCGAGUGGGACAAGGGCCGCGCCUCGCACUACAUCCUCCGCACCGUGUUCGGCGUGGACUGGAUCGAGCGGAUACGCAUCAUCUACGUGGGCGACGACGAGACGGACGAGGACGCCAUGGAGGCGCUGAAGGGCAUGGCCGUGACGUUCCGCAUCACCACGUCGCACAUCACGCACACGGUGGCCCAGCACCGGCUGCCCAGCACGGACGCCGUGCUCGCCCUGCUCAAGUGGGUGGAGCGCCACCUGGCGCAGCGCCGGGUCAAGCUCAGCGACGAGAGCCUGCUCCACACAUCCCACUCGCGGCACAGCAUCGCCGUCGAGGUGCUGUACAGCGGGCCAGAGAAGAACGGCGGCAGCUCCCAGUGAUCCGGGUCCCCCCCCCCCCCCCCGGGCCGGCGAGACACACGUCGCGUGCGUUUGAUAGCAGUCCUGCGUUACACACCACACGCACUUUCAGGGAUAUAGUUCCACCGCCAUCCUCACUUGGCUUCUGCGGAAGAAAAAUUGUCGGGAGUUGUCGACAAGACUGGUUAGCUCGUACGUGCGGGAUCAGUUUGUCUGCGUGUUUUUUUCUUUUUUUUUUUUUUUGUACGUCGGCCGUUUAAUAUUGAUGCUAGUCCUAUACAUCAUGGCUACACGUAACUUUCAUGGGAAAUAGUUCCACCGCCAAUCUCACCACCUGGCUUCUGCCGAAGGAAAAAUUGUCGGGAGUUGUCGACAAGACUGGUUAGCUCGUACGCGCUGGGUCAGUUUGUCGGCGUGUUUUUUUUUUUUUUUUUGCGUUGACCGUUUGAUUUUGAUGCUAGUCCUACACAUCGUGGCUACACAUGCAUACUUUCAUGGGAAAUAGUUCCACCAUUAUCUUGUUUUAUCUCUCCCUGAAAAAAUAAUAUGAUAAAAAGAGACUGGUUAGCUGGUAUGUGCGGAGUUUAAUUUUUUGUCACGUGUUUCUCACAUGUUAACCCUGUGUUCAGUGUUAAUUUUUACAUUAAAACUAAACCCAUUUUAUUGUUUUUCAUGUAAAUACAUAGUUCUUCGCCGUUCAAAACAUGGGAAGUAUCCCGGUUAAUUUUUGUUUGAUUUUUUUUUUGUAUCAGAAAGUGAGAAGACAUGGUUAGCUUAAAUAUGUGAUGUUAAUUUUGCAUUACAGCUAUUUUUUUUGUGAGAAUGAUGUAGCUGCCCCGUAGAUAUCAGACAGCUGGGAGCAUCGUGGGAGUUACAAUCAAAACGAGUUUACAAAAAAAUGUGAUGCAUAUAUUUUCAUAUAAUGUUUGGGCUUUGCAGUACUGCUUACUGGUUUCAAUUAAUAUUUGUACCCAAAAUUAAAAAUUAAAAUAAAUGCUUUACUAGACUUUACUUUGCAGAGUUUUUUUUUUUUAAAUUCAACGGUUUGUUGAUGUGAAUUGUUAUGCGUAGUCAAUCUAAGCUGCAGCGAAUGUCAUAAUCAGCUCUGACAGAAAAGAAAUGUGCACAUUACUUUGAAGUGUGUCAUUUUAACCGUAGAUAAACGUAGAUGUUACUGUAUUUUUGAAAAACUAGGAUUGUUGCUGUACAGAUUAAUAUGUAACAGAGACAUAUAUAUAUUUUAUGGUCAAGCUUAAAAUGACUGACAGUUGUUAAAUGGUGUAGAUGUAUUUCACAUCAAUGUUGCCUUGCAUUACUUUUUAUGUGUAAAAAUUAUUUCUAAAACCAAAAGUUGUUAAAAGUAAUUUUUAUUUAUUCAUCCCCUACCAGAUGGCAAAAAAACCAUCAUAACUUUUGUUUUUACUUUCUUACCGUUUGUUUAGUGUUUAGCUUACGUUCAUGAAAUAUUUUAGACAGUCUAUUAAGAAGGCAAAACUAAUAUUUCAAGCUGUCCUUUUACCUCAUAUUCAGAAUUUUAUGCACAAGUACCCAGUGUAUCAAUAACAACACUGGUGCUAAACACUAAAACUCUGCACACAGAACAAGUUUCGUAUUUGAAAGAAAAUAUAAUCUUGGCAGUCUUUGGUUCCCAGAAAUUUUUUUUGUUACAUAUAUUCACAUUUUAUUUUUAAAAUAUAUUUAAAACUAGAUUUGAGUUAGUGUCUUAAAGUUUACUGGAAUAUAAUGUAGUGGAAAUGUGGUAUAGGUUCAUGAUAGUUUAAGCAGUAAAUAAAAGCUUUAUGUUAAGCCAUAUUUUGUCAACGUUAUACAAUCUUUUAGACAAUGUUAUUUUAUUUUAAUCACUUACUUACACUCUCAUCUACUUGUUAUAUUUAGCCAAACUGGCAUUAAUAAGACAUCUAUUCUACGUAUAUUAGAGUAAUAUAUUGGCCUUAUGCUGUUGUUUCUUAUAUGUAACUAUUUUAUUUGUAAGUUCCCAAGGUCAGUUGUGAUUUUUCAUGAAGUCUAAAAGAAUUAUUAAUGUUAUAAAGUGUAUUGUGUGUGUAGCAAUAACCAAAUUGUGUAGAUUUUAUUUUUUUAUUUUUUCUGUUUUCUGGUUUUUUGUUAAUAUGCUAAUGACCAUUCCGGUGAGGUGAUAGAUGUUUGAAAGAUCAAACAGCUUAUAGAAACUAAGCAUUGCAGAUUCAGUCAGGAUCCGCAGCUGGUAAUAAGCAAGAUGUAAAAGUUGUCCUGUUAGUAUGAUUACGUAGUGUCUUGUCUAUAAAAGUAUACUCAAAAUAUUUCUGUUUAUUUGAAAGGAUUUCAUUAAUUUUUUUUUGGUGUUUUUUCAAUGGGAUAUAUAAUUUUUUUUUCUAGUAAGUCAGGAUACAAGAAAUAAAAUUCUCAAAUACAUAUAAAUAAUGGUUUUAUUUUUAAUUGUGUCAUCAUCUUAAGAGGCCGUGUCACAAAUUUGCGCUCCUAUCUAUAUCAAUGUUAUUUUAAAAGGCAGUUUUUCUCAAAGUCUAUAAGAGGUAGGGGCCGGAAAUUUUGCCUACUGAAAGUAUACAAUACAUUUAACAUAACCGCUUUUUUCAAAUUUAGUUAUCAUAUCAUAUAUUAUUUCUGUGAUGAAAAUAAUAUUAUCAAUAUUUUGAUUUGUCCAGAUACAUUGAAAUUUUGCUUAUAUUUAUAAUUAUUUAGCAAAAACUGAAAACGCCAUUGAAAUGUAUUGCACAUUACCUUCCGAUCAGUGUCUUCAUGAUCAUGAUGGGUUUAUAAACCUGGGUGUAAUCAAGUCUUUAACAAUUACAUGACAACAUUUAUACUUAAUAAUUUGGAGAUAUGCCUUUUCUAUCCUCAGCCCCUGAGCUUUUACUAUCUGGUCUGGCGACCGACCUGACACUCUUCAACCACCCCAGGGGUCUCCGAUUGCACAUCUUAUCAAAAAAAAAAAGCUGUUCGUUCAUUUGUUUUUGUGUUCGAGCGAAGGUUUACUUCUCCAUAAGUGCCACAGACUUCACACAUUUAUGCCAAGGGAAUAUUCCGCUGAUGUGACGCUAUACGAAUGUAUUAUUCGCGACCAUACAACUUUUUUGUUUGUCAUCGGGAAAAUGACGCCGCAGUUUGAUUUUUUGUGGUGAUAUAAAAUAAAUUUUCUUGCUAGGGAAUGUUCAUUUUGAAUUGAGCAUUUUUAAAUGUCAGCGUAGAAUAUGCUUAUCUGCCCAUUUUGUUUCUUUCCAUAAUAAUGAGUAAAGUUAACAUUGUCAUAGACAUUUUAUUAUAUUCGUUUGCCGUCCAAGUACAAAUGUCACACUAUAUCGCACGUAAUUCUAUUUUUUACUAAUUUGUUAGUUGUCAUUUUAUUUAAGUUAUAAAUAACAGUAAUAAAAAUUAUUACUUAAUAGUCCAGAAUAGAGAUUGAGUUAUUAUUCAUUUAAUAGGAGUUUAAAAUAUGGUACUACAUACAUAUUUAUAUUAUCUUGUUGUCUUCUUUGUAACUUUACUGGAAGAAUGGCAUUUGGUAUGUAUGUUAACUCACAAUGAAAAUACUUCAGAAGUACUCAAUUAACAGUGAACAACCUAGGGCCUAUACUAAUUUCAUUAUGUUCAUGAAAUAUAAUUGAUAUUACUAAUAAUGAACUGUAUGUGUUUUGCGUAGAGAUAUCGUACGAACUGUAUGUGGUACAGACCAACAUUAGCUAAGACUCUGUAAAUAAGUAAUUUCAGUUAAUGUGUAGAGAAUAUUAAAAGUUAGAAAUAAUGAUAUAUAUAUAAAACAAUGCAGAGUAAUCAGCAUAAAAAUAGAAGUUGUUUUUACGUAGCGCCUACUGGAAUGUAUAUUUUGUGUUGAAUUAUGUGGUAUGAUUAGUAUUCUCUUAUUGUAAGAUGUGUUUUGUUAAAAUCUUAUAAAACAUCACUUACUGUUGAAGGAUUUUCAUUUUUUUUUGUGAUGAUCUUACUUAAACAAGUUUUAAUUAUAUUACACAUGUAUAUUUUAAAAGCAUUUUAAUGUAUACUUAUAGAAUUGUAAUAGGCUUUAUACGGACUCUCACGAUGCAUGUGAGCAUCUAUAAUUAAUAGAGACCGGAAAAAUUCGCGGAUUCAUUCGGCGAUAGGCUAGAAGUCAAAUACAUAUACCUUUUAGAUGAUUUUGCUAUUGGCUUACUGUUCAUCUGGACGAAUCUCAACCAAUUAUAAAACACCAACCAAAGAGGGAUCGAAUCACAGACAAACAAGCUGAGACGACUAACAAGUCAGCAGCAAAUGAACUGCCGUUAUUUGCCCGAGUGUACAGGGGAAUGUGCAGUCUAUCCUGAAGGCCGUCGAAACCGCGAAUUUUUCCGGUCCCUAAUCUACAUCAAUAUUAUGGCCGUUUCACAAGAUCAAAUAUUUAUUGAAUUCAAUCUGUUGCAUUCAUUGUACAUGAUUUUCGAUAUGUACAUUGAAUUCAAUACAAAUUGAAGAUGUUACUCAACUAAGCUUAUUCUUAUUAACUUAUAAGUAUUUUGUUUGUUCAGUACAUAAAAGUAAAAGAUUCGUUAUUAUUUAAAUAAUGAGCAUCUUUAAGCAAUAACGUUUUCAAAAUAUUUACUUAAACAUAAUGGAAUAUAUUUUUUAAAUACUUUAUAUCUACGAUCACAUCAACGGCAGUAUUAUGUAAUCAAUGAGGUAAUGAAAUAUCCUGAAAGGAUAUUUUCUUCUCUGUAAAGUAAAUUUGUAAUGCAGCCCUCUUAAUGUUAGUCUUGUGAGUUAUUUCGUCUUCUAAUAUGCUACAGCAAUGUAUAAAAUUAAGUUUUGUUAGUGUUUUAGUCUUGUGUAAUGUGAUAAAUUCAAUAUUUUUUUUGUAUGUUCGUAUUCAUAAAGGUAGGCUACAUAUCGUAUUAAGAUAAAUAGUAAUAUUUGUAAAUUUAAAUUCUUUGAAACAACGUCGAUAAGAGGUUCACCUACCUCUGUUAAACUGUAUGAUGGUGCAUUGUAAAAAAUUAGGUAGUCUGACUUAAGUGAGAUUGUAUUUAGAUUGUGUGUGAUGCAUAUGCAAUAUCUAAGCAUAUGCAUUUAUGUUAUUAUCCUUUUAAAACGUUACAUGAUGAAUUUCGUAUACUUUUUAAUGUCAACUAACAUUAUUUUUCACGGACUAUUACAUCCAGAUAAAGAAUAAUUACCACAUGUUUGAAGAUUAAUUGUAUUCCGAUACGUUUAAAGUAUUAAAAUUUUUAGUUUUAGAUACGACUCAUACUACAUUUGUUAAAGUGAGGUUUCUUGAUUCUGAAUCCCUGCAUCUGCAAUUUCCUAGUGAGCCGCCGGUCAGAUUGUCAUCCUCUCAGAUUGUCGAGGAACCAGAUACAUUUUUCGUCGAGUAAACUCGAGCUGUCAACCUUCCCACUAAUCCUGUGAUAAGGGUAUAGUAGCUUUAUCACGCGCUGCGGCUACAGUUCCUUCGGUUGAAAAAGCCACUAAAUCUCACUGUUAAAAGAGAGAACUUCUAGAGCAGAAUAUUGGAAAUAAACAUUUACUGACACGGCCUCUUAAGUAUUGAAUUUACGGGUAACAAAGGAAAUAAAAUUGUAUGACUUAUCAUUUUAUAAUAAUUAUGUUUGUUCCAAACGAACUGUGAAACUGAACCUUGUAUAUUUUGUAAUAUUUCCGUUUCAUAAAUAUGGAAGUUGUAACAUUAAACUUUGGUGUAUCAAAAAAACAGAUAUGUACUAAAAAAAUUUUUUAAUGUAACCAUUAAGAUUGAAUAUACAGUAGACUCCUGAUUAUCCGAGGUAAUAUCUGGCAAGGGGUCCACAGAUAACCUAAAUACACGGUUAAUUUAAAAAUAAAAAAAAAACCCUUGUCCAAAAAAUUUUUUAUCCUGACUAUCAAGACAAAUACUGUAACACCCGCCUCUCGAAGUAAUGCCUUAAUUUGUUCCAGUAAAAUAGAGCGCUUACAAAGCAGCGCUCAUCAAAUAAGUUUUUUUUUUCCAUAAGAUAAUAUUUUAAUCAAGACACUAUUCCCAUUAAAAUUAAUUUACGGUACUAAUACAUGUUGAUACAUUUGAAGUACAUUCAAAUAAAUGUUGAAUAACUUUUGAGAUUAAACAACCUAAAAAUAAAUUUCAAAUUUCACGUACCGCAUUGUUUACAUAAUAGGCACUACUAACAUUUCUGAGUUACAAAAUAAUGAUGUGAUUGAGGUAGGAGAUAUUUUUUAGUUAUAAUAAGAUCUAAAAAAAAAAAAAAAAAAAAAAAAAAAAAGUGAAAAACUUAACUUUUUCUAUUAUUAGAGAGAAUAUUUAGCCUGUUAACAUAAUUCCUGACUGUUGUUUAAUAAAUGUGUUUCUGCCAUGAUUUGCCACUAGCACAUCCUAGUACGCGUCAGAUAAACUACAAGCGAGAUGGCGGAGUAUAUAUGUUGUCUGAACAUUCUGGGUGUCUUCGGAAAUAAAUAUUCCGUGAAGGAAGCAAAUAGCUAUUGAAGAAACAGCAAAAUAGUGUUUGUUGAUGAUUUGUCACAUGUUUUCAUUGUAUUACUAAUUCAUUGCGUUGUAUUUAAUGUAACACGCGUGGCGUUGUCAUUGUGCGUGCACGGAAAUAAAGUGUCAAAAAGUAUUUUUGUAUUUAUGGUUUAUGGAAGUGAAUUGAAGGCAUGGUUAAUCUGCAUGCAGGACAAAUCGCACCCGAAUAAUCAAAAGUCUACUGUACAUUUUUUUAAUCCAUUUUAGCUUUGGAUGGAAAAUGUAUUUUGUUUGGCAGUUAUAAAUUUUUUUUUUAAAUUUUGCCAACAAUACCUUGAUGCUUAAUGCCAUACUGUAUUUACAAGCAUGUGGAUCACACAAUUUAUGUCAAUUUUUAGAUUUAAAAAUUUGGUGCAACCCUUAUGCAAGUAUCCCACUUUGGUUAAAAAAAAUUACAUUUUCCGAUUGCUGUGUGCCGUUGAUUAUGUGCGUAAAUAAGUUUCUUGAGUUGAGUUUUGAUAAUAUACAUUGAAACUCUGUGAAGACGUGUUUCGUGGGUGCGUGUGUGUGCGCGCAUGUGUGUGCAUACACGGUGAAUGGUAGGACAAUAACUGCACUGAUCGUGUAGCUUUACUAUACUGCAGAUAUUUUAAUUAAUUAAUUAAAUUAGAAAAAUUAUUCUUAUAUGUGAAGUUUUAUUUAUUAGAAACCAACAUAAGCUAGUUAUUUAUGGACAUAUCCAAUCAUAUAGUGCAAGGUUAUUAUUAUUAUUAUUAUUUAACAAAAAGUAAAAAAGUAAAAAAGUAAAAAAAGUCUAAAAAUGAACAUACAACUGCGACGUGGGUAAACACGGUAAUGAAACAGCUCCGAUAAAAGCAAAAAAGACUUGAAAAAAUACAUUACCCCAGCUUUGGACCCGAUUUUUGACAAGGAAUUUUUUUUAAAUAUUUCCCAACUUGUUCAAAUUAAUCAAACAGUUGUUACUAUAAAGUUUUUGUUUAGCUUUGUGAACUUUCAGUUCACGGCAUCCGCCACAGAUGGCUGCACUGUGGUCAGUGGUCACACAUUUCCAUUUCACGCAACUUCCGCCCCAUUCAAGAAAUUACUCCUACCAAAAAUGCUGAAUACAAAGAUUUAAGAUGUUAACACAACAGAAAAAAUUUUGAUGGAGUUGUUAUCCGAACCAGUAGGUAACUGGCUUUGGUGAGGAAGAGAGAGUGGUACACUAUGGAGUCACGGAAAAGUUUAAUUCAAGGCCCCUGUCCACCCUGGCGCACAAUACGGUGGGCGGAGCUUCAGGAAAAAACCCCACGAGAUUUGAAAACUGCUCGAUAUAUCCGAGUGGGGCCUUUUUACGAUAAGCAAUUAAUAAUACUCUUAGGUCAGAUGAAAAGUUCUGUUUCUAAACUAAAUUUUUAGAAGUGUAGAAAUUUUUUAUAAUGUGUUAAUUUUUAUGAAUGAUACAUUGGGUAAAGAUUUAUUGAAAGCACUCUAGGGACUUUCAUUCCACCUUUCAGAUCUCUUGUAUCAAGGCAUCGCACAAAUGUUACCACAUAUUUUCAGGUGAAAUAAUUUAUUUUAAUUCAAUUAUAAAAGUAUGUACAGUGUCAUCAUUUAUUUCAGAUUUGAGAUUGGGCACACUAAGCUUUAUUGCAUGUGAACACACACGAGACAAAUUCGAAAAUCCCUUGAAUAAACCUGGAUUUUGAUAUUCUCAAGAGAUUGGUCAACCUGUAAUUUCUUUCAAAAUGAGCAAAAAUGAAGAAAUUUCCUUCAAAACGGAUUUAGGUGAAUGGUCUUCACUUAAAAUAAAAACUUAAGUUUUUACAAGUAUUAUCAACACCAUAAAAAUAUUCAGUUUCCCUGUGUACUAUUGAACUUAAAGUAGUUUUCAUAGAAAAUCUCUAUUCUACAAGGUUUUGUUAAAAAUGUGAAGUAAAAUUUUUUUAUACUAGAUGUAGUCAUUGAAAUAGCUCAUAUAAAAAAAAUAAUUUUACAAGGAGUCUAAAUCAUCAAUAACUUUUUUUGUUUAUCACGGAAAACAAAUUUUCUUAAUAUUACUAUACAGCAGAGGUUCCCAAAGUUAUUUGGGUUCCGCGAGUCAGGACGAAUGUCAUAUAAAGCGGGCACAAUUAUUUUCAAAUAACUUCCUUUGAAGGAGUUGAGGUUCCACCAAAAGAAAAGUCGAUAAAAAAAAUUGGAACCGCUGGUAUAUAGGGGUGGCUUUUUUUUUUUUUUUUUUUUUUUUUUUUUUAAUUAAUUUUAAAAACUAUGUCAUUUAGGGCCUAAGUUUAGGGGUUUGUGAAAAUGUCUAAUUCAUUUUGUAGUGUAGCGUGAAAAGAAGAGUGAAAUCAGAUGUGGAAUUUGCAAAUUUAAAAAUUUAUUCAAUACUGAUGUUUACCUUAUGAAGGUAGGUUUUAGUAGUCAUUUUACCUUUAUUCUGUUGGGAAGCUUUGCUUUUGGUGUUAAUGUCGUCUUAUUUUUAUAUGGUUUCAGAUUUUCUGUUUGGGAGUGAGAAAAGCAAGGUUUAACCAACCUGAAACACAACCCCCCCCCCCCCCUUUUUUUUUUUCCUCCUCUGUGAUUGCUAAUUAUUUUGAAGUACAUAUAAUUUCAUCACGUGAUUAUGUUCUCGAUCGUAAAUUCUUGAGGAUAUUUUUAAUUUUUUUUUUUUAAAUGGAAAACUGGUCCAUCUCUCUGUUAGUGUAGCUCUCAAAAAUGCUUACUCUGAUAAGAGAAGUAAGCAUAUGUGAUAAGUCUUCCACUGUCUCAACUGAAUUUUAAGUGACAUUUAAAAAGUUAUGUUUGUAAUCUUCUAAACAUUCGCUUACAAUUUAUUUGUCGGAAGCCAUUAAUUAUUUUCAGCAUUAUUGCUGAACUCAAGUAUUAUUAAACUUGGCUGCCUUAUCCAAUUGUUUCACAGAUUCAUGCAAUAUCAGUUGGAAGCCCACAGAAUAAUACCUCUGGCCUAAUAAUUUGCGGUGGUUGAAUCUGCCUUUUGUUUUGGCUAAAUAAUUACAGUGUGUCACUGUAAUUUUCAAACAAUUUAUGCAAGACCAAAAUUGACCAAGAGAGUAUUGUAAUGCAUUUCUAUCUUUCUGCAAAAGUAAUUACGUGAAACAGAAAAUAUUUUUGUGUUGCUUUUUUUUUUUUUUUUUUCUUUAAUGAUUUCAAAACCGUUUCAAAUACUGCAUACGUCAAUCUCACGGAUAACACAUUGACAUAAUAUACGUUGUACAGACAUGUAGCUGUCAUUUUGAAAGUUGCGCAUUUUAAAAUUAGGUUUAAUGCUGGCUUAUGGUUUCGAAAGUAAAGGUAACACUUUAAAAUACAGUGUCUGCUAGUUUUUUUUUUGUCCCUCAUUAAUUAUAUCUAGCCAAUACAUAAAUUACUCUACAGCAACAUUGUAAUACGAAAAAAAACAUUGAGUGGUGUGUUUGCACGUUAUGUAGUGUGAUAGUUUAAUCAAUAGGUUGUUUGGUGAAGUUAAAAAGCAACUUGUGUUUAAUUACAUAUAUUUAAUAGAACUUAAUUUGAAGGCUUAGGGGUGUGUGGGUGUUAAAGAUUAUUAGUGUAGCGAGAAGUGUACGAGGCAUUUAAUUGUGCGUUCAGAAGAAUCAUUGGCCGUGCAUCCCACACUAACAACCGACGCCAAAACAAACAUUCAACCUCAAAAUUAUUCAGAACGUUGCAAAUUUUACCAAGGUUGAGAACCAUUCGGAAGUUUUGGUAAAGAACAGGUUCUCAGACUGUUUAAACCCUAAACCUAAAUCCACCCUAAAAUUAAAAUGACGCUUCUGCAUCAUGAAUCAACCUUUGGAAACCCCUGGCUCUUUGAAAGUCAUGGGUGGAAAAAUUGUUAAAACACCAGUUUUCGAUUUGCCAAUUAGGAAUGCUAUAUUUUACAUCUUUAGCGGUGUCAAUUCAAGUAGCACAAGAACACAGUCAUUGCAAAUGUUUUAUUAUCUCUCUUAUGGACAUUCAGAAAAGUCUCUUUUAUGCUAAACAAAAGAGGAUGAAUAUGAACUAACACUAUUCUUCUAAUAUUGUGGAUGUUUUUGUGCUGGGCAUUUCUGUAAACGUUCCUAACUUACAUUGGAAAUUAAUCAGCUUCAUUGUGUAAGUUUCACACUGUAGUGUUAAUCUGUUACUAGUAGUGCUAUUGUUGCUGUAAAAUGUUUAAUAAAAGUGAUUUUUAUUUGUUCUGUGUAUUAUGUAAUGUACUAAAGUAGGUUUUUUUUUUUUUUCAGUUGUGCAUUUGUGCUUGUAGAUUAGUGAAAGUAAUUUUUAGUUAAAUUCUGGAACCAGUAAGACUGGGAAUUAAGUAUGAAUAGACAAAAAUGGUUUGAAUAAUUAUAUCCAUUGUAUGGAAUGCUGAUAAUUAUUAUGUAAGACAGUUUUGUUGAAUUUUUAGUGUUAUAUGUAUGAUACCAAUUGAACAAAUAAUAAAAUGGACUGUAUAUGUUGA